AUGCAAAGCUCUGCCAUCGUCAACAACCAUCCUUUACAAACCGUUUCCGUCUUCUGUAGGCCAGAGACGUCUGAAACAAACGAAACGCCAUGCCUUUACAAGCCUCUUGGUGCUUCUUCUUCUCACUUGUCUUCUUGUUCCUCAACGAUAGCCCCUACCCAUUUCUACAGGCAAAACUAUCUACCCAUUUACGCUGAUGUCUCCGGCGUUUUUUCAUCACUUAAUGCCCUUGAUAAGAUUCAUGAAACUGAACUUGAAACCAUAAUGGAAACUCGUCCAGAAACGCCUCCAGUUCUUGAUGGGAUAGCUGCUGUGGUUGGCCAACACGUUCUCUUUGGUAACAAAACCAACCCCACCGCUCCCACCACCACAACCGAACUCAGCAACAGUGUAAUUCUAUCGGAUGCUACCAGUAGUAAACUAGAAGUGCCAGGUUUCCUUUCGGCGUCUCAACGUUUCGGGUCUAACAAGAGAAAUGUCAGUCCUGCUGUUGCUGUUUCAGUGCAGAAAAGCUAUAGAGGGGUACGAAAGAGGCCAUGGGGAAGGUGGUCAGCGGAAAUACGUGACCGUAUUGGGCGGUGCCGGCACUGGCUAGGCACGUUCGACACGGCUGAGGAGGCUGCGCGUGCGUAUGACUCGGCCGCGAGGCGGCUGAGAGGGUCAAAAGCCAAGACCAACUUUGAAAUUCCAUCGGUUUUGCCUCUCGCAUCACCCUCUACUUCAUCUUCAUCUACGGAGGCAAAGAAGAAGGUCAAAGGUAAAGUUAAAACUGAGAGGAAAUGCGCAGUGGUUACCUCCGUGGCUCAUUUGUUCAGUCCAAGUAGCUUUGGUGGCAGUGAAGGGAAAGGGAAUGUGGAGUUGGAGUUGAAAUUGGGUGUGGGACUUAAUAGCAAGGGUACUGCAUCAAAUACUAGUUUAGUGAAACAGGCAAUUCCUCUCUGUUAG